UAAUACUGCAUACUAUUGUGACCGUGACACUGCACAUACACGAUAUACAACAUCAAUAGCUUAUACGGCAUGUCAACAAGGCCAGAAAAGGCACGUUACAUAAAGCAGGUAGUGCGUAUGGGCUGAAUGAAGUGCGCUGCGUUUUUUUUAUUUGUUAUUAAUGUGGUAUCUAUGGGUUAGCCGCAAUUGGGGGACCUUGCCAAGAAUUGGGGGAAGUAGCAAAUGAUGAAGAGCCAGACGGGGCGAACCCACAGCAAACCCACAGAGUGCAUCGAGACAAAGAGACGCUUGCAUCAAGACUCCCCCCCGAUGGUGAAUGCCACAACACCGUCGUUUGAGACGCAUUCACGACUGUACAUUACACAAUAUGGAUUUAACGUUGCAUUUUGUGGUGGUGGUGGUGGUGUUGGUGGUGGUGUUGGUUGAGCGGUGGCAUAGUGAUUAGCGCACUGCAAGCCAUCCGGGCAAGGGCUAACAACAUCGGCAGGCCAAUCGUUAUCCGAGCAGAUCCUUGGCCACCUAAUUCACCAAAUCCUACGGCAGAGAUCUGAUUAAACCAAGACCGUAAAUACAAUAUAUAUUAUGUUGACUCAAUGGCUACGGCCUUCGGUUAAACAACCUUCACGAUCGACAAGACGCACGGGAGGGGUGGUGAUAAGGCAUUCAUCCAGCGGUGGAUCGGUGGGUGGGGGUGGCUGCGAAUGAUGAAAAACAUUGCGGUGAUUUGUCCUCCUCUCUUCGCCUCCUUCACCCCACUGACACCAGGCAACGACAAAGACAGUCCCACGGAGGCGGGAGUCGCUCUGAGCCGACAUCAGACUCUUCCUCCGCCACGUGAGCAACUCGGCAGAGAUCGACCUCCGACUGGCACGGUUCAGCGUACAUAGUUAAACAUCCACGCCAGCCAUGAAUCGGACAUUUUCAUCGCGGAUGAUGACGUCUUCUAGAACACAGCACUGGCUGCCAGGAGAGAAAGGAGGAGUCCCCGAGAGCGACUCGCGGCGCUCCUCCCUGCAGCGCACCCUUCAGCUCGCCAAGCAGCUGCAAGCGAUGGGGACGCAACUCAUCCCGGUGUUCGGCUCCAGCGAGGAGGUGGAGGCCGGCGACUGGGCGCAUCACAUGCGCGCCGCGGGCGUGCCCCUGCUCUCCCACAGGAGGUCCUUCUUCCCGUGGGCCCAGAGCCAUCAGAAGCGGCUGCUCCGUGACGCCGGGGCGCUCGCCUUCUUCCUCGACUACCUGCGCCGCCUGCUCACCGAGCGAGCCCAGCGGCAGCCGGAGCAGCGGUCGACGCUCGCCUCCCUGCGCGGCACCGUGCGCUCGCUCGAGGCUCUGCUCGAGCGCCUCUGCAGCGCCCUGCGCCCCGCCGGGCAGCCUCCGCGCCAGACGCAGCUGCAGCUGCUGCACGCGCCGAGUCACGACGAGCAGGGGAAAGAUGCUGCUGAUAAAGAGGAGGAUGAAGAGGAGGAGGAGGAGGAGGAAGAGGAAAAGCAGCUAAAGUGCGCACUUAGGAUCCCCGCCUUGGUGAUGCUCCAUGAGUUCCAGGCGUGGGUGGAGCGCACGGUGCGAGACCUCAACACGGCCUGCAAGAACCACCACGAGAUGGUGUAGAGGAUCUGGCCGUGUGUCGACUGAUGGUGUUGGAGAUUUGGCUGCUUCAUCAUUACCACCACCACCAUCACCCGUUUGCUUUGCACUUCAGUCAACCUCCUGCACGCGUUAUUAUUGUCGUUUGCCUCCACUGCAUCCUGAUCAGCUGUCAGAGCCACUUUAAAGGUGGCUGAUGAGGCUGAUAUUGGUUGAUUGGUUCAUAAGAAUCGCGACCGUUUAACGUAAUUAUCACUACUGCGGUAUGCAAUUCUACGUGUAUUUAUUAAUUCCGUGUUUAGGAAUUACAUUGUAUCGUGUAAAUGCACGGCCAGAUGCAUUGACUGAUGUGGAGGCACUUCACCUUUUCCCUUAAUUUAUUUUUGUAUUUUGAACUUUAUAAGCACGUGUACAUUUAUUCACACUAACUUUCCAUCAAUAAAUGUAAACUGCCGUGUGUCGUUGCCGACUACGGAUUACAACCGUUACGAUGUAAAUUGAAAACUAAGUUUAAAAGUGCACUUACCUAAAUGCACACUGGCACGUUUCAGUAAACUUUGAGGGUCCAUUUCUUAUGAUAAGAACUUACUGCAAAUGGGAACGUUUUGCACUCGAAUAUUGGAUAUUCCUUUUAGCUAUACUGUGUUGUUGGUUAAAAACAUGUACUUUUUUUAGUUGAGUUUUUAUUGAAAAUAAUUAUUGGUUUAAGAAUAAAUAUUUCAGCAAUACUUUGCACAUAUUUGCUGAUGUUUUCAUUAUAAAAAAAAACCAGUCCAAUUUAAAAAAGAAAGACGUGUAAAUGUGGUUUAUCAUUACACUUGGAGUGUGCGUUACUCUAAUGCUUUCCAAAAAAGGUUAAAAGCGAUCAUGCGUUAGCUCUCUGUGUCUGUCCAUCCAAUUGUCCGUCCAUCUCGCCUGGCACAGUAAAGAUGUCUCAUAUGAA